GCGCACAACAUCACAGCAGCAACAAGCGGCACACACCCAGCACCAUUGAUCUGUCUCUAUCCCAGUAGCACAUAUUCACUGACUCUAAUGCACAUCAGCAGUUUUCAGUUCUCGACAGCGUGUAGUAGACUGUGUGCGGUCAGGAUGAAGUGAGCAUUCGUGAGAACGUUUGUGCAUGUUUAAUCUCAUUUCCUAUUUGCAGGAGUGGAUAAGGCUUGAGCUAAAAGAAGAUCUCUAGUUGCUUUUCCAAUGCUGGACUAUUAUGGUCCAGCUUGAGAACACCAAAUGCAGUUUUCUCCUUUGCCUUGGAGUCUGCAUCCUAAUCUGUUCAGCCAUCUACCUGAAAGCCAAAGUAUCCAAUGCACCUCAAGCUAUUGUCCCUCCAAAUGUCUUAAGCUGCCAACCCCUGCCUGACAACUGUCCAAUUCUUCCAUCAUCACCUCCCGGGCUUAAGUGGCAGCGAAAUAAAUGUACAAACAUCAGCGAGGUCAGUAAAACUAAAGUCAGCUGCGCUCGAUUGAGGUCAGAACUUCACUUCAUUAUGUCACCACUGAGCAAAGAGGAAAAAGACUUCCCUUUGGCCUUCAUCAUCACCAUACACAAGGAGCUAGAAACAUUUGUGAGGCUCCUGAGAGCAAUCUAUGCGCCUCAGAACGUCUAUUGCAUUCACAUAGACGCAAAAGCAGCAGAAGAAUACAAGACAAGUGUCCGGAACCUGGUGAGGUGCUUCCCAAAUGUCUUCUUGGCAUCAGUCAGCGAAAGGGUGACCUACGCUGGCUUCUCCCGUCUUAAGGCUGACAUCAACUGCAUGAAGGACCUGAUAAGAUCUCCAAAGAAAUGGAGAAGAGUUAUAAACUUGUGUGGCCAGGACUUCCCCAUCCAAAGCAACCUGGAGUUGGUUCGGUACAUGCAAGUAUCUGAAUGGAAAGACCGGAAUAUGACGCCUGGAGUCAAGCAGCCACCAAUUAUGCAGCAUAGGACUGAGUUUCAGUAUGUGGAGGUGAAAGACUCCCAUGUUGCACAAAAGGGCAAGGGUGAAAAGAAGGGACCUUCUCCACACAACUUGACUAUCUACUUUGGGACUGCUUAUUACUCCUUGACAAGAGAGUUUGUGGAAUAUGCCCUCAGCAGCCCAGUUGCCCAAGACUUGCUCAAGUGGUCUAAAGAUACCUUCAGCCCCGAUGAACAUUACUGGGUUACACUAAAUCACUUAGAGGAAGCACCCGACAAUCACGUCAAUGGUGGAUGGGAAGGCAAUAUUCGUGCAAUCAAAUGGAAGGACCAAGAAGGAACAACACACAAAGGCUGUAAAGGACGAUAUGUCAGGGAUGUCUGCAUCUUCGGGAUUGGGGAUUUACCGUGGGUCAUCAGCAAAGGCAGCAUGUUUGCUAAUAAAUUCGAGUCUGCAAGCUUUCCUGAAGCUCUGGAUUGCCUGGAAUUGUGGCACAGGAAUAAACUUCUCCAACAAGCCACGGUUCCCAUUCAGCCAUCAUGGCAUCUCGCAACAUUGGAAAAUGACAACAGCACUCUCAUUUCAACAGCUGGCGGCUGAAUGUCAAAAAUAUCACCGUAUUGAAAGUCAUAAAGAAAGGGAACUAAGGCAAAAUUCACACAGCCAAGAACCGUUUCCAGGAGUGCUAAAUGAGAUACCAGACAUCACAAAAUGGACCAUUAUCUCCAUUAGCCUCAGUUCCCGUCAUGCCGAAACCAAGACUUCAUGGAUGCUGUAGUGACAAAUGUAAUAAAUAACAAUGUCCUCUGUGGAAGAUUUCUUGCAAGGUACAAUGCAAAUUUGCAAGGACAUCCACAACAUCCACAAUGCACACACAAACAUACAGCUCUUGACGUUGUAACAUUGUGAGAACAUUAAUUGACUUGAGUGUUGAGUAAUUUAUUUAAAGUUUUGUAUUGUUCAUAGUUGUAUUAAUAAUUAUUUAGACUAUUUAUUGACAACUAUAGUUUUAAUGCAGUUACUAAAGCAUUCAUUACCCAAAAAUGAAACUCCUCUCAUUAUUCACUGACCCUGAUGCCAUCUCAGAUGUGUAUCUCUUUCCUCUGCUGAACACAAAUUAAGAUUUUUUAGAAGACGAUAGAGCUCUGUCAGGUCCUUAUAAUGGACGUACACGGGUGCCAGGACUUUGCCAGUCCAAAAAUCACAUUUAUGCAGCAUAAAUUAAUCCAGGCAACUCCAGUCGACCAAUGAGUCGAUUAUUAAAACGUUUUUAACUUUAAAUCAGCACUUCCAUCCAGGGCUCUGAUGCAGUUUGAAAUGAACUAACUCUCGCUUUUUUUUGUAUUUUUGUUUUUUUAUUUCUGAUGUAAAUAAGCGGCGCUUCUUAAAUUCUUGCGUGAACUUGCCGAUGUGCUUACGUCAAGCUUCGCGUCAGCUGCUGGCAGGAAGUGCAUUUUAAAAGUGAAUAACGCUUUAAUUAUCGAUUUGCUUUUUACAUAAACAUAUCGAUUUGCAUUCGAAGGAUUCAUUGAUCGACUGGAGUCGUGUGGAUUUAUUUUAUGCUGCUUAAAUGUGAUUUUUGGAUACCCAUGUACAUCCAUUAUAAGGACCUGACAGAGGUCUAUCUCCUUCUAUAAAUCUUCAUUUGUGUUCUGCUGAAGAAAGACAGUCAUACAAUGGUGUGGUGGUGGCGUAGUGGGCUAAUGCACAUAACUGGUAAUCAGAAGGUUGCUGGUUCGAUCCCCACAGCCACCACCAUUGUGUCCUUGAGCAAGGCACUUAACUCCAGGUUGCUCCGGGGGGAUUGUCCCUGUAAUAAGUGCACUGUAAGUCGCUUUGGAUAAAAGCAUCUGCCAAAUGCGUAAAUGUAAAUGUAAAUGCAUGGGAUGGCAUCAGGGUAAAUUAAUAAUAAGAGAAUUUUCAUUUUUGUGUGAACUAUCCCUUUAAGCGGAUAAACUGUAGUUGAAACCAGUUAAGAUUUAUUUAUGUUGAUGGUUCUUUUUCAAGACUUUCAUUUUUUUUAUUAUAUAUGUUACAUACGUGCAAUAUCAGUGUAAUUGCUUCCUAAGCCUCAUUUGAAUGCAAAAGUAGAAAACGAAUAUUUGUAAUGAUUAUGUAUCAUUUGCUAAAUAAGUUAAGUCAAAAGGAGCUUUCUUUAUUUUUCAGUGGCUUUUUAUUCCUCAAUUCUCUUUAAAAUUGUGUAUAUUGUGAUAUAUAUAGAUCGUUAUUAACCAAAAUUAUUAAAAUAUAAUAAUAGAAAAAUUUCACUUAUAUUGCCCUCUCCUAGGGAGCCAAAUUCACUGUGUCCAAUUUUCUCAAAAGGUACAUUUUCAUGCAAAACUAUGUGCACACGGAUAUCUGUUCUGGAGAGGUUAAUAUGGUCAAACUUUGAUUUCAGUCCAGUUCAUUUUGUCCAGUUGAGUCUUUAUACUUCACUGUCCAUUGCUGUCAAUAGAUGUUCACUCAAUAA